AUGAAAACUCGAGAAAUGAGAAGUAGAAUGUCAGAAAGUGUUGCUCCAAGAGAUUCUUGGAAAUUUAGGAGGUUUCUCAAGAAUUCAAUUGGUGGUUGUUUCCAUUGUCAUCAUGAUUGCAUCAGGUUAACAGAAACCUCAUUUUUUUGGAAGGUAGAUAGUUGGUCUUUAGGAAUGACAGCAACUGAAAUGGCAAAAGGGGAACUUUCAUUAGCAGAUCUUCGUCCAAUGAGAGAAAUUUUCAUUAUACCCAGAGAAAGUCAACCUAAGGUUUGAAAACUGCAUGUGCUUAUUGAUGCAUUCUGGGUGAAUCUGCAUCGGUUGUACAUUCAAGAGACAUUGGAGUAUAUUUCAGCACUCAAUAUAAUGCCAAUAUGAACACACUUGAGAGGAAAAAAAAUACUGGUAAAGGGAAAAAUAGUCAUUUUACUUGGUUAGGGACCAAAGCCAUAAAAAAUGGAACCACAGCUGCAAGUUGCAAAAAAAAAUAUAUAUAUAUGGAGAGAACGAGAGGAUGGUAAGUGGGAGGAUUGGCCGAAUAUAUUUGGUGAAUUUAGUAAUGAUUCCAUCAACACAUCCUGAUUUAUCCCAAGGGGAGAAAGGGAGGAGGUACAAAAUCCAUAUCUGGAAAUAAGGAAGAAAAAGAAACAAGGCGCCAAAGGGGCAGCAUUGUAGAUCGAGAGAGGACCACUCUAAUCUUUCCACGUCUACCUCUAUAUAGAGUUUGGGAGUUUUGAUAUAUUUGUCUUCUCCUUGUAUUUAUUAAAGAUACAAUAUAUUCUUUUUAAAUUGUUUUAUAAUAUUCUCUGUGGGGUUG